GGCAUGUGGGUACUGUAUCUCCCCACAGGCCAGUAGUCCUCACGGCUUCCAUCGACUUUUAUGCUUUUAACUCUUUUAAUUGUUGAACAAAAUUGACACUGUUUUCUAUAAGCAGAUUAGAUGUUUAAAGCCAUGGCUACAGUUGGUAGCCUGGGACUCAAGAGAGAUUAAUUAGCUUUUUUUUUCUUUUUUGAUAAAUUUUUUUUGUUUUGUUUUGUUUUGUUUUUUUUUUUCUUUUGGUUGGCAGUUAGUGGUUUUUGUGAUUUGGGAAGGUGUCAAAGGGGCUAUGCCCUCAAGUUCUGAAGUUCUGGCUGAUGGGGCAAGAGAAAGCCGAAUUGAAGAGUGGAAGAACAGCCACUUCGUAAGAAUGUCUUCCAAGCAAGCCACCUCUCCAUUUGCCUGUACAGCUGAUGGAGAGGAAACAAUGACCCAGGAUUUGACCUCAAGGGAAAAGGAAGAGGGCAGUGAUCAACAUGCGGCUUCCCAUCUGCCUCUGCACCCCAUAAUGCACAACAAACCUCACUCUGAGGAGCUCCCGACGCUUGUCAGUACCAUUCAACAAGAUGCUGACUGGGACAGCGUUCUGUCAUCUCAGCAAAGAAUGGAGUCAGAAAAUAAUAAGUUAUGCUCCCUAUAUUCCUUCCGCAAUACGUCUACCUCACCACAUAAGCCUGACGAAGGGAGUCGGGAUCGCGAGAUAAUGAACAGUGUUACUUUUGGAACCCCGGAACGCCGCAAAGGGAGCCUUGCUGAUGUGGUGGACACGCUGAAGCAGAAGAAGCUGGAGGAGAUGACUCGGACGGAACAAGAGGAUUCCUCCUGCAUGGAAAAACUACUUUCAAAAGAUUGGAAGGAAAAAAUGGAAAGACUAAAUACAAGUGAACUUCUCGGAGAAAUCAAAGGUACACCUGAGAGUCUAGCAGAGAAAGAACGGCAACUCUCCACCAUGAUUACCCAGCUGAUCAGCUUGCGGGAGCAGCUCCUGGCAGCACAUGAUGAACAGAAAAAGCUGGCAGCCUCACAGAUCGAGAAACAGCGGCAGCAAAUGGACCUUGCUCGCCAACAACAAGAACAGAUCGCAAGACAACAGCAGCAACUUCUACAGCAGCAGCACAAGAUUAAUCUCCUGCAGCAACAGAUCCAGCAGGUUCAGGGGCACAUGCCUCCGCUCAUGAUCCCAAUUUUUCCACAUGACCAGCGGACCCUGGCAGCAGCCGCUGCCGCCCAGCAGGGAUUCCUCUUCCCCCCUGGAAUAACAUACAAGCCAGGUGAUAACUACCCCGUACAGUUCAUUCCGUCAACAAUGGCAGCUGCUGCUGCUUCUGGACUCAGCCCUUUACAGCUCCAGAAGGGUCAUGUCUCCCACCCACAAAUUAACCCAAGGCUAAAGGGCAUAAGUGACCGUUUUGGCAGGAAUUUGGACACCUUUGAACAUGGUGGUGGCCACUCUUACAACCACAAACAGAUUGAGCAGCUCUAUGCCGCUCAGCUGGCCAGCAUGCAGGUGUCACCUGGAGCAAAGAUGCCAUCAACUCCACAGCCACCAAACACAGCAGGGGCGGUCUCACCUACUGGGAUAAAAAAUGAAAAGAGAGGGACCAGCCCUGUAACUCAAGUUAAGGACGAAACAACAGCCCAGCCGCUGAAUCUCUCAUCCAGGCCUAAGACAGCAGAGCCCCUGAAGUCCCCGACAUCUCCCACCCAGAGCCUCUUCCCAGCCAGCAAAACCAGCCCCAUCAACCUGCCAAACAAAAGCAGCAUCCCCAGCCCCAUCGGAGGAAGCCUGGGGAGAGGAUCCUCCUUAGAUAUCCUGUCCAGUCUCAACUCUCCUGCCCUAUUUGGGGACCAGGACACAGUGAUGAAAGCCAUUCAGGAGGCUCGGAAGAUGCGAGAGCAGAUCCAACGGGAGCAGCAACAGCAGCCACACGGAGUUGAUGGGAAACUGUCCUCUAUGAACAGCAUGGGGCUGAGCAACUGCAGGAAUGAGAAGGAAAGAACACGUUUUGAGAACCUGGGGCCUCAGUUAACAGGAAAGUCAAAUGAUGAUGGAAAGCUGGGCCCAGGUGUCAUCGAUCUCACUCGGCCAGAAGAUGCAGAGGGAAGCAAAGCGAUGAAUGGCUCUGCAGCUAAACUACAGCAGUAUUAUUGUUGGCCAACAGGAGGCGCCACUGUGGCUGAAGCACGCGUCUACAGGGAUGCCCGCGGCCGUGCCAGCAGCGAGCCUCACAUCAAGCGACCAAUGAAUGCGUUCAUGGUUUGGGCGAAGGAUGAAAGGAGGAAAAUUCUUCAGGCCUUCCCUGACAUGCAUAACUCCAACAUUAGCAAAAUCUUAGGAUCUCGCUGGAAAUCCAUGUCCAACCAGGAGAAGCAACCUUAUUAUGAAGAGCAGGCCCGGCUAAGCAAAAUCCACCUAGAGAAGUACCCCAACUACAAGUACAAACCCCGGCCGAAGCGCACGUGCAUUGUGGACGGCAAAAAGCUCCGGAUCGGGGAGUACAAGCAACUGAUGCGCUCCCGGCGGCAGGAGAUGAGACAGUUUUUCACUGUGGGGCAACAGCCUCAGAUUCCCAUCACCACAGGAACAGGUGUUGUGUAUCCUGGUGCUAUUACUAUGGCAACGACCACACCAUCACCUCAGAUGACAUCUGACUGCUCUAGCACCUCUGCCAGCCCAGAGCCCAGCCUUCCUGUCAUCCAGAGCACGUAUGGUAUGAAGAUGGACGGCGCAAGCCUGGCUGGGAACGACAUGAUUAAUGGAGAGGAUGAAAUGGAAGCCUAUGACGACUACGAAGAUGAUCCCAAAUCAGACUAUAGCAGCGAAAAUGAGGCCCCAGAGCCUGUCAGUGCCAACUGAGGAGCUUUUGUUUGCUGAAUUAAAACACUCUGACAUUUCACCCCCUUUCCCCAACAACAACAACAAAGUUCUUAAAGAGCCCGCAUGCAUUUGUGGCUCCACAAUACAUCAGCAGAAUGGUCUUAAUUGCUUCGUAACGUGUGAGACAGAUUACGUUUUCCUGAUUUUUCAUAAACUUGAGUUUUUGUCGUUACCGUUCCUGUUGUUGUUUAUUUAGGUGAAGACGUAUUAAAUACGAGACACCGGGACUUGGACACCUAUCUCCGCCCACCGCCGUCUUACUAGUCUUACAUUUCUGUCUUACUAUUUUUCUUUUGGAUGUUGACAAAGGGUUUAAGUUACUGUUUUAGAUGGGGUUAAACAUUCUCACUCAGGUAUGCUGUGCCGGCUACAGGUUGUGAAUGUGUUUUUAUUCUGAAUUACUUUAGAAAACAACUGAGGAUUUCCUAUUGUGAAAGCAGACAAGUCCACGGCAUGUGCGGCUGCCUAUAGAACAUGUUCAAAAGGCCUCAGAAUUCCAUUUGUUUUUCCAUGUGUAGAAUUCAACUUUGAAUGUGCCAAACUUUUUUUCAUAACUUUUGAAUCUUAACUAUUUUGAAAGUCUUACAGGAGACACUGCAAAGUCUUAGACAAUCUUUGGCAUCUUAAAAUAAAAUAGCAAACCACAAUUUUUUUUUUCCAGAAAAUGGUGAAGUACUCAGGAAUCUGGAGACAAGAUAUUGUAAGGAAUGAGCAAGGCUGCCACAGUGCGUGAACCCAAUUGUGUUUGCCUCUUGACGUGCCAUCAGUGUGUGGCGUGGGAUGACAUUUGCACCAGAGCAAUCACCACACCAGACACCAACAUGGUGGUCUCCACUGCCUGGGACCACCUCUCACUACAUCCAUUCUCCCCUUGCCUUUCACCCUGACAUUCAAUCUUAACACAUUGUUCUCUUAAAUAAUUUAUUCAUUCCAGAAUGUCAAGGGUCCACUUACUAUUUAUUUUAAAAAUUAUUGGUGGCAUUAAUUUAAUAUUUUUUUGCCCUCUUCGCCCUUUCACCUCUUUUUCCUGCUGGAUACAAAAGAUGUACAUAGCAAUCUCGUGUCCCCAGAGCCCCUGGAAACAUUUCUGAAGUGAUGCUAGUAAAUGCAUAUAUUGUUGUUUUAGAGAUGACUGUAUCUGGCUGCAGGGUUGUGCAUCUGUAUCAAGGGCCCUCCAUUUAAAUAUGUAUGCCCCUGUGAGUCACUGUGACCUCAGGUCUUUGACUAGAGUUUCUCCCUCAUUCAGUUUUCAGUGCAGUAGAACCCGAGUUCCAUUCAGCAGUCAGGGUCAGCAGUAGUUACUGCCAGUCCAGGGGCUUCUCAAAGCAGCUCUGAAGCCCAAGGUCCAUGGGCCACACAGGGGUCAACGGUGGAGCUGGCGUGCUGUCACCUUUAUUGAAAUACCUGGUUCCAGCUGGCACACCCAUGGAGAUCUUUGCAAGAUCUAUAGGAUGUUAGAAGCCUCAAAGGAAAGACAAGGGUGAGAGGAAACCAGAGGGAAGGUGAGCUAUGGGAGUGCUGCUAGCACAUAGGACAGAUGGUGUCUGGGGCAGCCCACCAGCUCCUCUGGAAGACCCCAUUUUCUCAGUGGCUCCUUGUGAAUGAGGUGAUAUGCUCUCACCACUCAAGGUUGGCUCUGAAGACAUUCUGCUAAUUACAGGCAGUUAGUUCUGUUUGAGUUCCACCUUCCUGAACCCAGGUUGCUUACCAGGAGCCAUACUCAGAGACCUUCAGUGGAAGGUGUCAGUGAACAGGACAGCCCAGAAUCUGAGCAUCAGGACAAAGAACAGCUCCAUCCAAUUUUUGAGCCAUUUUGUCACUUGGGAGAAAGUAGUAAAAUUUUGUAUUUAUUUAAAGAGUGCUCCGGGCCAUACCUAAUAGCAAUAAAUAGGUAUAGCCACGAGAUGAGCAGCUGCGCCCUUAGCUGUGAGUGCUCUCCAUAAGCUGUUUAAGGUACUGAUAGGAAUGUUUUGUUCUUAAUAUUGCUUGGGGAUUGGAACUUUGUUCUUGUACAUUGAUUUUUAUAUGAGGAGGGGGUUACUUUUCAAAAACAAAAUGAGUAUUUAUUAAGUCUUACUGAUUUCUUGGGAUUCUCUGUCUCCUCCUCAGUUUCCCCUCUUCUCUUUUGGCUUCUGCUCUCAUUGGUAUGUUUGUUUUGUUUUACUUUGUUUGUUCCAUUUUUUUUAAUUGUGCGGCAUAGGUAGAGUGUUGUAUGGCUAGCGUUGUAUUGUAUGUAAUUAAUUUUGCACAAAGGCAAGCAUUUAGCAUAGUAGUUAAUUUUGUUUAUUUUUAUGACCAUGCCAAAAUAAUAUUCUGGGCUGGUAGAGAACAAAGGACUGUUCUUUAGGAUUGAAACUUGAUUUUGCUUGUAGUAAGAAAAAGAAAAAGAAAAAAAAAAAAACCACACACACUCACAGAUGUCGUUUCGUAAGUGUUACAAGCACUGGAUAUAAAUGGUAUUUUUAUCACUGACUAAUGUGAAACUGGUAUGGAAACUACAUGAACAAAAGUCAUCUGUUUCGACUCGUGUGGGCUUGCCUCACAGUUGCCGGAUCUGAGUCAUUUUUAUGUCUUGUUAUUUCAUUUAUUUAUGCAAAAUACAUGUGUGUAGGAACGCUCUGUGUCAGCUGUGGCUCUGCCUCAGCGCUGGGGUCCAGUGACUUCUAGACAUGCUCUCAAAUACAAAAGCUGUCCGGGAAUGACUGGGUGUGAGUGCCGCCUUCAUCGGCUCACACAGUGAUGCUGUAUUCGAAUCUAAAUUUUGUGCAUACACAGUUUAUUCUAUUUAUUAGCCACAUUUGGCUCUAAAUAUCCAUGGGAAUGGAGAAUGACAAUCACGGAGAUCACUUACAUCAGUGGGGCUUAAACAAAGUCUUUAUGACUUCACCAUCUCAUUUUUAGAGUUUUCUAAUUGUGUAAAUAUAACAUAGAAAUAGAAUUUAUUUUUGGUUCAUGAAUUCCUAGUGAAAAAUAAGUUAUGUAUCUUCUUUCUGUUCUCUAUUCAUGUCUUGCUCCACACUGAAAGCUGGCCAGUCACAUUUAGUAUGGACAGAGAGUCAUCAGCUCCAGUGAGGCAGUGUUCACCCCCAGCCAAGACAGCAGGACCCCUACUUGGUUCUCGUGUAGUCUGGAACCCACUGACUCAGACUUCCCCCUCUUUCCUUCUAAAAAGCUGAGGAGCUGCACACACUGAGAUUCCAGCAGAGCUAGGAGAAAGUCAGUUUGCUUUGCAAAUCCAGACCCAUCUGCCCAGAUAGUUCUGAGGCCCCACCAUGGCAAGAAGCAGGAGUUGUCUUUCAGAGGUAAAGAUCUUCCAGAUUAGUAUAAACCCCACAGUACCAAGGCAAGAGGAACCUGUGUUUCCUUCCCUCUUUUAUACUAGCACUAAAUCAAAGCCUGGGGUUUUCUCCAUUAUCAAAGAACUCACAGGAUCAGGCUUUUCUUUGUCAACUGGGAACAGCAGUAUUGCUAGACAAUCCUCUUAUUAAUGAACAGGCUCUAUGGAACAGGAGGGAAAGGAGGAGGAGAAGGAAUAAAGGGACACAGAGAGAAGACUUAUCCAUCCAUGGGCAUGAGAAGCCUGGUUGGCAGUUUCUCUUCCUCACUGGCAAAUUCCAGGCCAUGUUGUUUUCGCAAACACUCUCUCAACCUUUCAGGUUUGCAUCAUGUGGUAUUUGAUAGCUUCUAGCCUGUCCUCAGCCUGAAUUCCUUCUACAGUGCCUGAAACCAACCUCCAGGCCAGGUUCUAAAUUCAGGUGUAGAUUCAGAAUGCCAUUCCGCUUGUCAAAUGCAGGCCUCCUCUGGACAUUAGCCCUAUGUGAGCUGGGAGUGCUAAAAAAAAUCUAGUGAUCUCUAGUGAUCCCUCUAGAGAUGAAAAGAGGCUUCUGUAGAGCCAGGUUACAUCUCUAGUAAACAGCCUCCUGAGCCAGGAGCUCAGCAAUUAAGGAUGACCACCUCCCUAAGCAGAAAUAUGGCCUGGUCACACUGAUGCUACAGAUGAGGCUGUUGCUCUCUAGUCACUCAAUUUCAAUAAAUUGACUCUACCAACUCUUUAGGAAAAGAAAACACAAAUUACUUAAUAGUUUUGAGCCAUAGGAGAAGACCUGUACCAAGUGCCAACAACUGUGAGCUGUGUCUAGCAGAAUCGUUUGCUAGGAAGGCCGGGUCUUCCUCUUUACUAAAAAAGGCGCAACCACAUUGGCCAUAGCCUUGCCUGAUGUCCACAUUUCCUCCGAGGCCUGAGCUGAUACUUCUGCUCGUUCUCAAAGUAUAAUGACGGUGGUGAGGUGGUGACCUCGAGUUGGCUCACUUGCACUGCUUUUUUUUUUUUUUAUGUGCAGCUAUCUCCCCUGCCGACCACAUUGUUUCUGACACCACAUACUCUUGAUUGUGGCCCUGCACAUCAAAACCAGAUUGAAAAAUCACAAUAUACAAGCACAGGUUUUUUUGUUUUGUUUUUUGGUUUUUGGUUUUUUUUGUUUUUGUUUUUUUGGUCCCCAUCCUGUCCUUUCCAAAUACUUAUAAACUGGCACUCGAGGGCAGAGGUGGAGGGAGUCAGAGAGGGGGGAGAAGUUGAGGCUUCCUGCAGAUUCCCAUCUAUUGACAAAGGAGCUGGCAGAAGGCAAGUAGGUGAUGUUCCUUGCUGGUCUUGUUUCCACAGAACUGCAGGAAUAGAGCAGGGCUUCAGUGCGGGCACUUUUGGAGUCUGGGGAAUGUGCAAAUAUUUUGUUGUCAUUGCAGGUCUGCUGGUGUGCAUCCGCCAUUGUCUUUCUUUGUCACAUAUGCAUUUGCUCUCUCUCUCUUUAAAACUCAGCCUUCACUGUAUCCUUCUUCAGCUUGUAGCACAUUAGGAUGUUUAGCGCUUGUUUUUGCUCAUUCUUGUAUUUGCCAUGUACAAUUUUGAAUUACCCUAUACAAGCCUCUAAGCUGUUACUACAUAACUUAUCUUACUGUAACUCUUUUCUUUGCCUACAUUGUAAUUUGUUUGUGAUGUAUAUUGUGAGAUUGUAUUCUAUGUUAAUUUAAUCAGCACAACUCACUGACAUGCUGGACUGACAUGCUGGCUGCUGUUUUGAAGUGUAAAGCUUGUGUAGGGCUGUCCAGACAACUACAACUCUGUUGUCAAGGUACUGUGCAUUGGUUCCCAUAGCAACACUGUGGGUGUGACCCUCUAGACUCUAGGGACAUUAAGCACACCCUCCAGCAAAUUUUAAGUGCAGAUUUUUUUUUUUUUUUUUUUUUUGUUGAAACUCUAUGAAUACCACAGGUACCUACUUGGCCCAUGGCUGGUAACUAUUUUGGGCAAUUAGCAAAACAAACAAGCAUUAAAAAACUAGUGUCUAUUGCUGCUUUGAAUAUGUUUGAAAGUCUGAAAAUGUAAAUAGUUUAUCAAAAAAAAAAUUCUUGUACAGUCCAGUGUAAAGUUUUUAAAUGACCUGAAGGGUUACCAUCACAGCUUUUGUGCACUCUCCUCUGGAUAGUGAUAAAAAGAAGUUUGCUAAGGACUUAAAGAAAUGGGGAAAAAAAAACAACAGAAUCUCUUCGAAUUGAAAGGAGUGGAUCACUGCCCUUAGCUUUGUCACAUACACAGACCUCUUGGAUCUUGUUGGACAGUAUUGGCAUGAGACAAACUCAGCAUGGAGCACCCUGCAGCGGGACUUCUCCGGGCUUUCCUGCCCUGCCUCACGAUUAAGGGAAAGGAGGAGACAGAAAGGCGUGCCGUCUUUGUCUAUCCUGGAAUACAUUGGCACCUUAGCUACUUUCCCCCUCUUUGCACAAGGUGCUUUCCUGACAUGUGUUAGACACGCCGUCCUUGGGUGACAAUGUAUAUGCCAUGAUGGGGCUCAGGCCCGCGGGGGAGUGUCUAUAGGAACUGCCUAUUUAUGCUCAUUUACCUCAAGACUGUCCUCUACCCUAAACUAGUUGUCAUCACUCCAUCUUUUGUACUGCUGUUGACACUUACCAAUUAAAGAUAAAUUUUGUUUUAUGA